UGUUAUUGUCACGUGCUACUACCACCGACCCAUUUCCCAGCAGCCCCUGCGCGCCUGACAGGAAGGACGUGUUUGUGGAGAGGACACAACAAGGUUAGCUGAGCAUCAUCUGUCAAAAGCCUUUUAAAAAUGUCUGAGACUAUCGGAGAGAAGAUCAAAAACUACCGGACCGCUCCCUUCGACGCCCGGUUCCCCAACACCAACCAGACCCGCAACUGUUUCCAGAACUAUCUGGACUUCCACAGGUGCAACAAGGCCCUGUCAGCCCGAGACCAGGAUGUGGCGCCCUGCGACUGGUACCAGAGGGUCUACAAGAGCCUCUGCCCCACCAGCUGGGUCGGCAAAUGGGACGAGCAGAUAGAGAACGGAAGCUUCCCAGGAAAGAUCUGAACCGGGCCGGCGCCAGUGUGGACGUUUUGUUACCUGAACCUUUACCUCUGUACCGUGCCUAAAGGUCAUCGUCACUCCCGGCAUCGUUACUGUUCAGAACUUAACCGCUCAAGUUACUUAAGUUUGAAACACGCACAACUUCUCCCACGUGAAGACCUGAAGCUGGUCUCCUGCUCUGUUGUCUCCUGUUUGGCGUUAAUGAUUCACUAAACACAGGGCAGAUUUAAUUAAAGACGUUCUUUACCAAC